GCCAGCGCGGGGAGCGAGGCUGCGGCGCCGCGCGGUUGCUAAGCCCUGCGCCCGCGGAGACGUUCCCCGUGGCUGUCGCCGCGAGCGGCGCGGGGCGGGCGGCGGGAGGGAGAGAAGUGAGGGCGGGCGCCGGUGGGCGCUGUCGGGCGGCUACUCGGUCGCGCCCCGCCUCCCCGCUCCAGCUUGGCCGUCGAGCCGCGGCACCUCGCUGCCAUCGCCGCACCCCGGGCGCCCGAGCCAGCCGCCUGGCCAUGCCAGCCGCCGCGCCCACUCCACGCCCGCCGCCGCCCCCGGCCCGGCCCGCGCCGCCCCCUCCGGGACAUCGAGGCCUGUGUGACCAUUCUCUAAAAUCUUUAAGCUCAAGAAUCACGGAGCAGAAGCUGCAGGGCACAUGGCUGCCUGCUGGCCGAGGGAAUCUGGAGAAACCUUUGCUGGGGCCACGCGGCUCCAUAGUGCCUGUGUUCAGCCCUCAGAGUGGCCUCCACUCCGUCCACACUGAGACUAGUACCCUGAAGCCCAGGGUGGUGACUGUGGUGAAGCUGGGUGGGCACCCCCUCCGGAAAAUCACUCUGCUCCUCAACAGACGGUCCGUGCAGGGCUUUGAGCAGCUCUUGGCUGACAUCUCGGAGGCCCUGGGCUUUCCCAGAUGGAAGAACGAUCGCGUGAGAAAACUCUUUAACCUCAAGGGCAGGGAGAUCAGGAGUGUCUCGGAUUUCUUCCGGGAAGGGGAUGCUUUCAUAGCCAUGGGCAAAGAGCCGUUGACACUGAAGAACAUUCAGGUAGCUAUAGAAGAACUGUACCCCAGCAAAGCCCGGGCGCUGACACUGACCCAGCACAGCCGAGCCCCUUCUCCCAGGCUAAGAAGCAGGCUUUACAGCAGGGUCCUGCGAGGGGGGCACCACUGUGGGGAGACUGAGACUGCCAAGAGCUGUGGGGAGGCUGCCCGGUCCAAGGCAGCCAGCAGACAUCAGGGAAAGGACCCUGCGGAGCCAGCGCUGGGGGACAGGGCCAGGCUGCAGAAGAAGUGGGUUGGGGGAAAGUGGGACCCCGAGCCCGGCAGCAGACCGCCUAGGGAAGCUACUCUGGAGAGACCUGAGAGUGGAGAGAAGCACCUGGGCGUGGAGAUAGAAAGGACCUCCGGUGAGAUCAUCCGAUGUGAGAAGUGCAAGAGAGAGAGGGAGCUCCAGCAGGGCCUGCAGAGGGAGCGGCUGUCCCUGGGGACCAGCGAGCUGGACCUGGGGAAGUGCCAGAGGUAUGACGCCUCGGAGAAGCUGGUGAGGACCAGGAGUUGCAGGCGGUCCCCGGAGGCCCACCCUGCAGCCGGGCAGGAAGGGUGGAAGGGCGAGAGCCACAGGAGCAGCCCCAGGAACCCCACUCAGGAGCUGAGGAGGCCCGGGAAAAACCCGGACAAGAAGGAGGACAGAGACCUCGAAUGUCAGGAAGGUCAUGCUCAGGCAGCCACCAAAGCCAAGCGGGAGCUUGGGGAAGCCCAGCCGGUCAGAGAAGAGGGGCUGCGGGACGUGAAGAGGGAGGCCAGGAGCGCCUGCAGGAACAGGCCAGGUGGCUGGCAGCCCAGGGAGCAGCAGGCAGAGCCCGAGGCGCUCCCCGGGCCGCGCGGGGGCGAGCAGGACGCAGACCAGGAGAAGCAGCCCUGUACGCAGGCAUCAGGGGUCAGGAAGCCGGCCACUCGCGGGGAGAGGGAGCCCAGGAGCGGCCGGAAGCGGCGACCGGCGGGCCUGCAGGCCACAGACGUGCACAAGCACUACGAGGCGGGCCGCGUGCUCGGGGACGGCAACUUCGCGGUGGUCAAGGAGUGCCGGCACCGCGAGACCCGGCAGGCCUACGCCAUGAAGAUCAUCGACAAGUCCAAGCUCAAGGGCAAGGAGGACAUGGUGGACAGCGAGAUCCUGAUCAUCCAGAGCCUCUCCCACCCCAACAUCGUGAAGCUGCACGAGGUGUACGAGACAGAUGCGGAAAUCUACCUGAUCAUGGAGUACGUGCAGGGCGGGGACCUCUUUGACGCCAUCAUCGAGAGCGUCAAGUUCGCCGAGCGCGACGCCGCCCUCAUGCUCAUGGAUCUGUGCCGGGCGCUGGUGCACCUGCACGACAAGAGCAUCGUGCACCGGGACCUCAAGCCGGAAAACCUGCUGGUUCAGCGAAACGAGGACAAAUCUACCACCUUGAAACUGGCUGAUUUUGGCCUCGCAAAGCAUGUGGUGAGACCUAUAUUUACUGUGUGUGGGACUCCGACUUACGUAGCUCCUGAAAUUCUUUCUGAGAAAGGUUAUGGACUGGAAGUGGAUAUGUGGGCCGCCGGCGUGAUCCUGUAUAUCCUACUGUGUGGCUUCCCCCCGUUCCGCAGCCCGGAGAGGGACCAGGAUGAGCUCUUUAACAUCAUCCAGCUGGGCCAAUUUGAGUUUCUGGCCCCUUACUGGGACAAUAUUUCUGAUGCUGCCAAAGAUCUGGUGAGCCGGUUGCUGGUGGUAGACCCCAAAAAACGCUACACCGCCCACCAGGUCCUUCAGCACCCCUGGAUUGAAACGGUGGGAAAGACUAGCACAGGGAGCCUCCAGAAGGAGGUGCCCCCCAGCAGCGAGGGCCACGUCCGGAGCCAGCACAAGCGGUCAGCUGAGCAAGCCUCCUAGUCUCCGCCUUGGGUGCUAUGCAGUCCCCCUCCUCCAGGGACAGAGACCGAGACAGAAAUCCAGGACGCAGACGCCAGGAGGGCUUCUGCCGGUGGUUGGAGAAUCAGGGGAAGAAGAGAUGCUUAGUAUAUUUUAAAGCGUAUUUUAAAAAGUAAACUUGAGUCUUUAUGUUAAAUGUUGUACUGUAUUUUUAGAUUUGUAUAUUUGAAGACUUUAAUACAUUUUUCCGGGGGUGGGGGGCGAUAAGACGUCAGCAAGGACUUUUUGGUAACGAUGCUGUGUUUUGCUUUCUCCUUGUAAUCAAGUUCAUGGCAAACAAUAUGAGUGGUGCUUACCAGGAUCUAAACUCCCCCUGGGAGGAUAAACAAGGUGAAUUAUGGUCUCUCUGUAUUAAUAAAAUGUGCUCUAACUGACAGAAGCGGGUUGUAUUCUGAUGACUUCUUACUGCUGGUGAGGGGAACCAGGGAAGGUGAGUUUCGACAUGCUUCCUAAAACCAAUACGACUAUAUCUAAAUGUUGUGACGGACACUUGAUUAAGAGGCAGGACCUGUUUAUUUGGGAUGUGCUGAUCUUGCUGUCCAGCAUUUACUGAAAAUCUCCUCUGGUGCUCGCAGAAAAAUGGAAAGGAGAAUUCAUUGAUUUAUUCUUGCCCUACAACAUUCCUUUAUACUGUUUUUCAGCCGAUUAUCCCCGAGCCGGAGUCAUUUCCACCUGAAGUUAGGCACUCAGGCUGUGGCUGUGUUAACGUUUUCCGACCACCAGGGAGUCAUUUAGCGCAUUAAUAUGUCAGCAGUGCCGUAAAUGGAUUAUACUCAGGCUCCACGUUGCUCAGAGAGUUCAGGCACAGUCUUACCUGCAGGGCAGACACACGGAGGAUGCAUGUUCUCUGAUUCAUUCCAGAUUUCUGUAUGGAAAUGUUGCUCUUUUCAGAUGACUCGGGGGUAUGCAUGAGCUGGAAGCAAAACGUAAUCCCGCUAUUUCCCAAAUUGACCUUUCUGGGUUAUAUAUGUAACCCAGCCAGUGGGACACAGAACCAGCCCACCAGCGUGGGCUUCUCACUCCACCACCUCCUCCCUAAUGGUUUUGGAGUCAUCUGGGCAGAGGAACGCAUCAGGAAACUGGGAAGAGCGAGAGAAGAGUGUUUAGCGUAAGGAAUUCUUUAAGCGGGCAUUGGAACAUUGCAAAAGUGCACCAGGGGCUCCGAAGUGAUCUGCCAACUCUAACGGCAGGAAAUGGCUUCCAAUCUGAGCUGGGGAGCCAAAGGAAGAGGCUGGGUGAUUAGAACCUGGAAACUUGGAGGAGAAACCAAUUGUAGUGGAUGCCGAGUGUGCCACCCUGACCGCUUUUGAACAUGAAAGGAAGAGGAUCCCGGGGUAGCAGCCCUCAGCAGUAACUAUCUACAGGCCUCAAUUUCAGCUGAAAGAGUCGCCUCCCCUGGGGUCACACCCCCUUCCUGCGGCAGGCUGUGUCCAGUGACUUGUCCGCGCAGGGAAGGAAGGCUUGACCUCCUGGCCCCCGGUGGAAGACAACACCGAAGAUCCAACCCAGCCUCAACAUCCCAGUAUCCGCCUCGCCCAGUCUUGCUUCUUUCUGUUGUCAGAGAUGACCAGCUAGAGACCACUUCCUAAGAAAACUUCUGCAUGCUAAUCUCCAUGUCACAGUGGGCCUCCCAGGAGACAGAUCCUGUGACCCCCUCUGGAAAUGUGGGACUGCUGCAAAGUGGCAACAGCUGGUGUUUUUUCCUCAGGAGCUCUGAGAAGGGAGCUGGAGCCCACACACCAGAGGAGAGGGUGCUUGCCCAGUGGACUCCUAUUCUGCAAAUGUGGAGAAAGGCUGGAAGCUGGAACCAGUUGCUACUAGAAUGUCACCAAAGGCACUAAAUCCAAAUGAGAAUUUUCAGUCCAUGUUAGCAUCAUUUGAUUCUCUUGACCACUCUCUCUGAGCCAUUUCUCCUGUUGGCCUCUGUGAUGCCAUGUUUUUCUGGCUUUCUUCCUGCAUCUCUGUCUUCUCCUUCGGGUCUCUUGUAUAGAUAGGUUCAGUCUUCUUCCAGUUGCUAAAGGUUGUUUUGUCAUUAGUCACUAGGGAAAUGCAAAUUAAAACCAUGGUGAAAUGAUUCCAGACACAUAUUAGAAUGGCUACAAUGAAAAGACUGACCAUACCAAGUGUUGGUGAGGAGCUGGAGCAACUGGAACUCUUGAUUAUUGCCGGUGGGGAUGUUCAAUAAUCUCCCCCCUCUGGAGAACAAUUUGGCAGUUCCUUUAAAAGUUAACCGAAUGCUGAGUGUAUGAUCCAGCCAUUCCACCCCUAAGCAUUUACAAGAGAAAUUAUAGUGUAUGUCCACACCAAGACUUAUACACAGAUAUUCAUAGGUGCUAUGUUUGUAGUAGCUCAAAAGUGGAAGCAGUCUGAAUGUCCUUACAUUGACGAUGUACAAACAAAUUGUGGUGCGUCCGUACAAUGAAUACAAUUCAGCAAUAACAAGGAAUAAACUCUUGAUACAAGAGACAACAUGGACAAUAUGAAAGGAGAAAAAACAAAAAGAAAAGUAAUUAGAGGGAAGGAAAGAAGUCAGACCAAAGCAGAUUACAUUCUGUGUGAUGUCAUCUACCUACAAUUCUAGAAAGUGAGAACUAAUCCUAGCAACAGAGCAGAUCAGGGAUUGCCUGGGGACAGGAGGGAGGGAGGGGUUACGAAGGAACACCAGGCAACUUUGGAGGCAAGGGGUAUGCUCAUUAUCUUGAAUGUAGUAAUAGAUCUGUGGGUGUAUACAUGUCAAAACUUAUCAAAUUAUACACUUUCAAUAUGUGCUGUGUACUGUGUGUCACUUAUACUUCAA